AUGGUUUAUUGUGGCAAGCCAAGCAAAGGAUGUGGAGAGUGCAGAUCUAGGAAGAUCCGGUGCGACCAGGUGCAACCGGCCUGUUCGCAAUGUACCAGGGCCAAGCGGGACUGCCCCGGAUACCGGGAUCAGCUAUCACUGAUGUUCCGUGACGAAAGCAAAUCGGUAGUCCGAAAGGCUGCAGCCGGAGCUAAGCAGAAACGGCCAGAGCGUUCCCCUCGCACAGCAUCCCCAGAAGGGAAUCCUGUGCGGCCUAGGCGCACUCCUGGUGAGGUGGACCCCUUGGAUUUCAGUUCCGAUCCACAGCACGCCUACCUGGUGCAAAAGCUAGGGGGGCGUCCAUUGGAGGUUCAACCGCCACGGGAUAUUGACUCGACUAAAUAUGAAGCCAUUUGUUAUUUCAUGCGAUCCAAUUGCAUGCCCGGCACGUUUUGGUCGAGUGAUUUGGUCACCAAGUUCUUGCUCCGGACUGGGGGUCCUGCAAGUCAGAAGGCCAUGCAGGCUAGUGUGGUCGCUACUGCGACGGCCAUGCUCUCCCGAGUACGUCAAUUGCCGAGUCUGAAAGAUGUGGCCCACAGGGAGUAUGGAUCCGCUUUGAGAUUGCUCAACUCCGCUUUGUCUGAUGUGGAGGAAGCAAAAACGAAUCAGACAUUAGGAGCCGUCGUGCUGCUAGCCAUUUAUGAAGUCGUUACAUCAAGAGCCCCAGAAGAUAUUGACAGUUGGACAAACCAUAUCAAUGGCGCAACAGCUUUGCUUGAUAUAAGAGGAACCGACCAACUCAAGACCGAGACUGGACUGAGACUAUUCCUGCACCUGCGCUAUCAAGUAAUUAUCAGUUGCUUACAGCGAGACGCCCGAGUACCUCAAUCACUUCUUGAAUGCACAAAGAUCGCCAUGUUUCUCCGACCAGCAGAGGCCCAUGGAAACCGCCUUAUUAUGAUAAUUGGAAAGUUGUCGAACCUUCGCGCAGAUAUCCGAGCCGAUGCAUAUACCGAUGAACAAGAAAUCAUCUCGGCAGCGUCAGCAAUUGAAGCCGACUUAAUUGCCUGGCUAGCCUCCCUUCCCCCAGAGUUCAACUACGCAACCAAUACCAAAUCACCCUUCGACUUUGUCUUCCAACGGCGCUUCCGAGGCAUCUCUCCUUACGACGACCAAUAUCAUGUAUAUCCCAACCUCUGGGUCUGCAACUCAUGGAACCAGUACCGCAGUGCCCGGAUUAUUGUCAGCGAAAUCAUUCUCUCCCACGUCCGUAAAAUCUCCGACAGAACCUCUCUAACCUCAUUAUCGGAUGAAUUCCGUAUUCAAUGCAAAACGCUUAGAUCAACCAUCAGGCGUUUGGCGGUGGAAAUCUGUCGCGGUGUCCCAUUCCACUUUAACGCCCACCAGGCAAACAGAGAACCCAACCUUCCGCCACCAGAGAGUUAUAUUGGGGGAUUGGUGCUUAUCUGGCCUCUUUUCGUUGCUGGCAUUGUUGAAAGUCCUGACCAUGGGCUCCGUCGGUGGGUUAUAAAGUGUCUGCAGAUGAUUGGACGAACGAUGGGCCUUGAUCAGGCCCUUGCCGUUGCCGAUAUUGUUGCGGCUGAUCCUGGUGUCUUGCAUUUUGUGACAGAGGAAGAAGAUCCACUCGCUACCAACUCUGAUGCGCCCGAUCUGACGAGACGACUUCCAGCUCCGCCCAUGAAUUCUUGUUUCAAAGACAUUCCUGCCUCGGAUGUAUAG